CUCUCCCCUCCCCUCCCGCCGCGGGAAAAGCAGCCGUGGGCGCCAGGCUCGCCGUGGCACGCGGUGUGUGAAGGGCAGCGGACAGGAUGCGAGCGCGGCGGCCGGGGUGGCUCUGGGCAGCUCUACUGGCGCUGGGGACACUGGCGGGCGUUGUCAUUGGAGAGUCCAACAUCUGUACCACCCGAGGCGUGAACUCCUGCCAGCAGUGUCUGGCUGUGAGCCCUGUGUGUGCCUGGUGUUCAGAUGAGGCUCUGCCCCAGGGCUCACCCCGCUGUAACCUGAGGGAGAACCUGCUGAAGGACAGCUGUGCUCCAGAGUCCAUUGAGUUCCCAGUCAGUGAGGCCCAGAUCCUGGAGGACAGACCACUCAGCGACAAGGGUUCUGGAGACAGCGCCCGGAUCACUCAAGUCAGUCCCCAGAGGAUUGCCCUUCGACUGCGGCCAGAUGAUUCGAAGAUCUUUUCACUUCAAGUGCGGCAGGUGGAGGAUUACCCUGUAGACAUCUACUAUUUGAUGGACCUGUCCUUCUCCAUGAAAGAUGAUCUGUCAAGCAUCCAGACCUUGGGUACCAAGUUGGCUUCCCAGAUGCGCAAGCUUACUAGCAACCUUCGGAUUGGCUUUGGGGCCUUUGUGGACAAACCUGUAUCACCAUACAUGUUCAUCUCCCCACCAGAGGCCCUCAAAAACCCCUGUUACAGUAUGAAGACUGCUUGUUUGCCAAUGUUUGGCUACAAGCAUGUGCUGACGCUAACUGACCAGGUGACCCGCUUCAAUGAGGAAGUGAAGAAACAGAGUGUGUCGCGUAACCGAGAUGCCCCAGAGGGCGGCUUUGACGCCAUCAUGCAGGCUACAGUCUGUGAUGAACAAAUUGGCUGGAGGAAUGACGCGUCCCACUUGCUGGUGUUCACCACCGAUGCCAAGACCCACAUUGCACUGGAUGGAAGGCUGGCAGGCAUUGUCCUGCCCAAUGAUGGGCAGUGUCACAUUGGCAGUGACAACCAUUACUCUGCCUCCACGACCAUGGAUUAUCCGUCUCUGGGGCUAAUGACUGAGAAACUAUCCCAGAAAAACAUUAACCUGAUUUUCGCAGUCACUGAGAAUGUCGCCAACCUCUACCAGAAUUAUAGCGAGCUUAUCCCGGGGACCACAGUGGGAAUCCUGUCUGAUGACUCAAGCAAUGUCCUCCAGCUCAUUGUUGAUGCGUAUGGGAAAAUCCGCUCUAAAGUGGAGCUGGAAGUGCGUGACCUCCCUGAAGAGCUGUCAUUGUCCUUCAAUGCCACCUGCCUCAACAACGAGGUCAUCCCAGGCCUCAAGUCUUGUGUGGGACUCAAGAUUGGAGACACGGUGAGCUUUAGCGUCGAGGCCAAGGUACGCGGCUGCCCCCAGGAGAAGGAGCAGUCUUUCACCAUCAAGCCUGUGGGCUUUAAGGAUAGCCUUACCGUCCAGGUCACCUUUGACUGUGACUGCGCCUGCCAGGCCUCUGCCCAACCCCUCAGCCCACGCUGCAACAAUGGCAAUGGGACCUUUGAGUGUGGAGUGUGCCGCUGUGACCAGGGCUGGCUGGGAUCCAUGUGUGAGUGCUCCGAGGAGGACUACCGGCCCUCUCAGCAGGAGGAGUGCAGCGCCAAGGAGGGCCAACCCGUCUGCAGCCAGCGGGGCGAGUGCCUCUGCGGCCAGUGUGUAUGCCACAGCAGUGACUUCGGCAAGAUCACGGGGAAGUUCUGCGAGUGUGACGACUUCUCAUGUGUCCGCUACAAGGGGGAGAUGUGCUCUGGCCAUGGCCAGUGCAACUGUGGGGACUGCGUGUGUGACUCAGACUGGACUGGCUUCUACUGCAACUGCACAACCCGCACUGACACCUGCAUGUCCAGCAACGGGCUGCUGUGCAGCGGCCGGGGCAACUGUGAAUGUGGCAGCUGUGUCUGCGUCCAGCCAGGCUCCUACGGGGACACCUGUGAGAAGUGUCCCACUUGCCCAGAUGCCUGCUCGUUUAAGAAGGAGUGUGUGGAGUGUAAGAAGUUCAACCGCGGAACCCUCCAUGAAGAAAACACCUGCAGCCGGUACUGCCGUGAUGACAUUGAGCCCGUGACAGAACUGACUGAUACUGGCAAAAACGCCGUGAACUGUACCUACAAGAAUGAGAACGACUGUGUCGUCAGAUUCCAGUACUAUGAAGACACCAGCGGAAAGGCCAUCCUGUAUGUGGUUAAAGAGCCAGAGUGCCCCAAGGGUCCUGACAUCCUGGUGGUCCUGCUCUCAGUGAUGGGAGCCAUUCUGCUCAUCGGUCUUGCCACGCUGCUCAUCUGGAAGCUGCUCAUCACCAUCCACGACCGGAAGGAAUUUGCUAAAUUCGAGGAAGAACGAGCCAGAGCCAAAUGGGACACAGCAAACAACCCCCUGUUUAAAGAGGCCACCUCCACCUUCACCAAUAUCACCUACCGGGGCACCUAACAAGAAGAGGUCAUCCUUAGACCAUUGUCAGACUACACCAGGGUUGUGGGAGUCUCUGCCGUCAUGUUUACAGGGGACAGUAUUUGUGGGUGGGAUUUGGGGCAUGGAUCGGGAUGGACUGGAAAAUGUCACUGCGUGUGAGUGUAUCUCUCUGUGUGUUUAUAGAUAUGUGUGUGUUGGGAGUGGGAAAAUGUGUAAUUUAAGACUUGUAAUGUGUCCCCAAAGGCAGAGCUCCACAGCCUUUGUCCUCAAAAUUCCCCUUGAAGGGAUUCUCCCUGCUUGGCUUGAGGGGAACUGGAGGCUGAGUGGUGCCCUCAAUAUCUGAGAAGCCCCCCUGCCAUGUCAGGUCCUUCUCCCAGAAGAGAGGGGCAGGGCUGAGGUGUUUCGUUCCAGAGGAAGCAAUGCCAAGUCUUGACUCUAUACUGAGUUUCUAAGUUUCUGGUUCUUGGUCCUGUCAACAGUUACAGUAGGAACUGUGGGGCUUUGAAGCCCAGUUGUAUCAUUUGUGCCUCUACCCAGCUCCCCUCCCUCAGGCUGAUGGUGGCGGCCUUCGGGGAGAAUCGAGUCCUCAAGAGUUGCCUGCAUCUUUUGCCAUCACCUCAGCCCUGCCAUGGCUCUCUCAUAAUGAAAGUCCUUGCUACCUGGUUCUUUGGCAUGAAGAUGGCAGGGUCACUCAGGGGUCAUGCAUGGCCUGGGGACAUGCCAGCACCUCCAAGCUCACAAUGGCGGGAUUUGUGUAGAAGCGUCAUUGUUGCGGCCUCACUUCUUACCUCCCACUUCCACGUUCUCUCUGUUACAGACUUUUGCUAUGCACUGAGGAGAUCGCACAUGACCAAAUGCUUUUCCCUCAGGGGAGAGAUCUAGCCCCACUCCCCAGGUCUUCUGCUCCUCUUCCCAGGAACCUCCACACACCUCAAUCCCUUGCCUCCGUGUGCUACACCCAUCCAUGGGGCUGACUGUCUUUAUCUACCUCUUGGGUGUCUUGUGAAAGAGUCAUUCCCAUUAGUCUGUCCAGCCAAGUGUUGGGAAGGAAUGACAGGCCAGUCGGGUCUGCAUGUGUGGCCUGUUCUCCUGUGGGUUGCACGACCUCAUUUUAUCUCAGCCUUUAAUCUGAGAGGCGCUAGUGCAAUUUUAUUUGAUUCUCUCUGGGGACACCCAAAACUAUGAUGAGGUUCACCACUCUAAAGGAGCAUAUACAUACACACACUUGCAUUAUUAUAUCUGUGAUUUCAUGAUAGCAGAGGAGAGCAUAAGAAGCCCACAGACUGUGUGGGUGACAGGCACUCCCUUGGGGCAUCAUUCUUCAUAACCUGCCUCUCACUUGCUGGGUUUCUAAGGAGUUCCCUCUUCCUGGAAGCAUGCGAGGAUGGGUACGUGGACAUACUGGGCCUUUCUCAAGGAGAACAAUAAAACCCGAGGCCUAC